CGCUGCGUUGCUUCAUAAUUGUUCUUCUCUGCUUUUUUUCUUGUUUUCUUCUUUACGACCACAGGCUGCCGUGGCCGACUGGGGCCAGACGAUCUGCCUGCCAAUUUUUCUUGAAAAAAUAUAUCAUCAUCUGCCAGUUAUACCCGAUACCAUUAUCUUCUCCACCUCAUAGAUUUGCAAUCACGACGUCGAUCCAUAACUGAACCCUCAAUUAAUCCAACUAACGAUGGCACCAGGUCCAAAGUCAGGUCCCGCCCUAUUUCUUGGCCUUGAACUUGCUACCGAUCAACUGCGCGCAUCGAUCGUGGACGAGAGCUUGGAGCUAGUGGGAGUAGAAUGCGUUGAUUUUGAUUCAGAAUUGCCAGAAUAUCAGACACAAGGAGGAAUUUUCACUACUCCCGGAGAUGCAUACACUACGCCAGUAGAUAUGUGGGUCAAGGCUCUUGAUUUUUUGCUUGAAAAAUUGACUAGGAAUCACGAUGUCACGAGGAUAAAGUCAAUCGGUGGUUGUGCUCAGAAUGCUAUCGUGUGGUGGAAAUCGACACCCAUCCCUUCAUUUCCCGCAUUGGACCCGCGACUCCCCUUUCACUCUCAACUUCCUCCCAACACUUUCUCGUUACCGAACACACCAGUCGCUCAAGAUACGUCUGCACACACCCAUGCCCUCGCCCUCGAAGCCCUCCUUGGAGGGCCCGACCUUAUGGCUGCUCGCGUCGGCACAUGCGCCAACGCGUCACUCCUGGCUGCCCAACUUCUCCGUGUUCGCGAGUCCUGGACAUCUGACGUCUGGUCACGCACGGGGAAGAUACAGCUUGCUAGCCAAUUUCUUGCAAGUAUGAUUGUGGGGGAGUGGGUAAACAUGGGGGAGUCAGAGGCCUGCGCGACCGGCAUGUGGGUGCAUGCUGGCGCUGGUGCACAAGGUGCGCCUGGACUGGGGCGCUGGGACGAGGGUGUUUUAGAGAUCUUAGGUGGAAGUCGGGAAGAAGGUCGGAGGAUUCGAACGUGGAUGGGCGACGUGGAGGUCGCUGGUGGAAGAAAGGCAGCCCAUAUCUCGCGGUAUCUAUGCGAACGAUACGGAUUCGAACCCGAUACAAUCGUCACUCCCUUCACUUCUGAUUACCUUUCCUCAUACCUAUCCCUCUGUCCGUCUCCUGGAGAUGCAGUGCUUUCAUUUGGACCAAUGGAUACCCUUCUCACACCUGCUCAACAUUACCUACCCACUCGGCUUUAUAGCCUAUUCCCCCAUCCUGCCCAAGACGCUAGCGAAAAGCGACGAUACAUCGCCAUGCUAACCAGCAGAAACGCUGACGUUCCGCGUGCUCUUGUAAGAGACAUGUACACGAAGAGCUGGAGCGCGUUUGAUCGGCUGGUUGCCAUCGUGCCACCUGGUGGAUCUAUAGGUCUCGACGAUAAGCUCUUCAGUUUUUGGCUCCUACAGGGCGACAGUUACCCACUAUCGCACGUCAAAGGCAUCUAUCGCUUUGAGACUGGUAUCAAAGUGAACGAGUUCCGAGAUCUUCGUGCAAAUCCUCGGUGUCUCCUCGAGAGUCAAGUCCUCUCAUUCCGCUUUCGGUGGUCAAGAAUGAUCGCCACCGGUGUUCUUGGUUCGAAUAUCAACCGGUCUAGGGGGAACGUUGCACAGACGCCUAGUCCUUCAACGCCACAAGGGCAGAAUUCCCGUUCAAACAUCGCAUCCAGCCUUGGGCUCUCGUUCGAUCCAUACGAUUACUCCCCGCUCCCUGCAAGAAUACUCGUCACUGGGGCAGCCGCCAACUUCCCCUCCGUUGCAAAUCUUGCAGGAGAUGUGUUCAAUGCACCCGUCUUCAUGCCCAGCACCCAGGUUGAUUCCGCUCAAGUGGUACCUCACCGCAAUGCACCUGCUGCUGGCUUCCCUGGUCGUGCGUCACUCGGAGGUGCUUAUUUCGCGCGAUGGAUAUGGGGAAAGGAGCGUAGUUCUGCUAUCGGUGGAUCGAGCACUGGCCGAGGACUCGGUGGAUUCGAGGAGGAGAUCAGGAGGUUGCAUGGCAAGCGCUGGGUCGCAAGCGGUGGUACACCACUUCGGACCAAUGUAAAUGCUCCUCUUGGUGGGAACGGAGGCAGUGGAGCCAAUAGCGGUACUAGCACCCCCUACGGCCAUCGCUCUGGACUAGGCUCCACAGUCUUUGUCGAGGAAGAAGAAGAGGAGGUAGAGGAGAUGGAGCGCGCGAGCGGCAUGCUCGCCUCUUCAGUGUUUGCGGGUGGAUUUGCAGACAGGGAUCUCGGCCGCAUGAGAACGCUCACAGGUUCUACGCUCGAUACCGUCACCAGCGGUGGAUCUCUCGGAGCGCCCUCGACCGCAUUCACGACUCCUGAUCUCAAUGCAGGCACAGGAAGUCCAGGUGGCGGAGCUGGAGUUGCCGUGCCACAAACGACCACCCUGACACCUGUAACAGCGAUGCCCACUUCCGAUGCCGAGGCACAGAUCGGGUUAGCGAAGGUCGCUGAAGCAGACGUGGAUGCAUUUAUGACGUACGCCGCUAUCGUGCCUGAGUACUGCCGGCUUGAGGGCAUGCUCUGCAAGUCUCUUGUAUGAUUUGGUGGGGUGGUGGUGAAAAGCUCUCGUAUUGUACAUUGUGAGUUGGUGCAAAAAAUUACAAGAUUUCACGAUUUGUUGUAUAUAUAGGAUCUCAUCAAUACUUACGCGUCUUGGAUGUUCUGGUAUGCUCUAGGAGAUGAUCGUUGAUUGCGAGUCGGUUCUUAGCGUUUCGAUUCUUCAACUUGGCGUAAACUUAUUUCGUUAUGAUGCCCUUGGUAUGACGGGGAUUAUGCGUGCAAACAUCAUGCGC